AUGGCGGACAUUGAGAGUGCCACUCCGCCGAAAGAAAGAAAAUCCGCGUUUUCCUGGAAACUACUGCUUCUCACGGUCUACCAUUUGGUCUACUUUGUUGGUGACCAUGCGAUUUUCGUCCGCGCUUUCAGAUUUCGUGGAAAAAUUAAAAAGUUGGCUCCUCAAAGACCGGAGUAUCGUCUCUUUAAGUUUAUGCCGGCGUUCUUCACCAAUUGGAACUUUGUAAGUACAAAAGUGUACUAG